AACAACUCACAGAGUAAUUACAAGGAGAUAAAAAUAACAGUACUUCACUUCUAAAUUCAUUUUAGUUAAAGAGUUAUUUAAAACAGCUAACAAAAUGUCUAUCAAUGUCGGUAUUUUAUUAUUUUGCUUGGCGAUUUUGAGCAUAGAGAGCAUAGAUAGAGAAUGCGCCAACAACAAACCAACGCCACUCUCAAUACGCAUCGAGAACUGCAGCGAUUUGCCUUGUGAGACGGUACAAGGAGAGCGCUUUCACAUAGCCAUACAAUUUUUGGCAAUGAAAGACACAAGCACUCAGCUGAGCGCUGAUGUGUCCGUGAGAACUACCACCGGCCUUGAAAUUCCCUUCGAUUUGGAUGAUUCGCAACGUAAUGUGUGCAACAAUCUACUGAAUGGCGCUUAUUGUCCUCUAUAUGCCACUGAAGAUGUAACAUUCGAUUUGGCAAUUGUGCUGAACAACUCAUUGGGACGCAGCGUGGUCGAAGUGAAUCUACAGGACGAAGUGAGCAAGGAAGUUGUCGCUUGUUUUAUAACCGAAGUUCAUACGAGAACAAUAUCACCGAAAUUUCGAUUCGUGAACUUCGAAAAAUUGUGAAAUUCAAAUUAAUUUUUCACUAUGUGAAAUGCGCUGAAGACUGAUAGGAAAAGGUGUGUUAGAGAAUAGAAAAUUAUAAUUUAAGAGAAUAAGAUUUAAAAUUAAUAAAGCUAAUAUAUAUAA